AACAAAAGUGCAUGCUGCCGAGUCGUGCCAAGUCCAUGCCGAAUGGCGGCUGGAUGGAGUCACCGUCAGUGAAUGGCACGAACCAUGGUGGUAUUGACGACAGCAGUCACCUCGACCACAUUGCGUCGCAGCUGACGAUGCCCGAGGCCGACGGCGAAGCCCCAGUCGUGUCGGCGUACAUGACACGGCAGGCCGAGCGCGCCGAGAUCACAGGUCUUUCUCCGAUGGAAGAAAUGCGCCUCGCCCAUGGCGAGUUGGCUGCAAAAGCCGCUAAGAAACGCAACUUGGACGAUUUGCCCGUGGCGACGUCGUUCCAUCUCAACCAUUUCUUGCAAGUGCCCCCUGUAAAAAAAGUGCUCAAGCGCAUGCAGACCAGUGUCACGGGCAUGUCUGGCUCCAACAUCUCGAGGCGAAGAGAUGGCUUUCGAAAUGCUCCGUCCGUCGUGUGCGAGGCCGAAGUGAAGCGUAUCACACAAGAAUUGGCAAACAAUAUCGACGACAUGACGGCUGAGCAAGCGAUGAACUUUGUCCAGAGCGUCCAGCAGCGGGAAAACAUCAUCAAAAUGCGCGUCGACGACUACGACGCCAAGCGCGUUCCGUGGUACCUCAUCUCGCCCGCAAGCAAGUUUCGUGUUCGAUGGGAUAUCCUGAGCGUCGUCCUCAUCAUUUACAACGGCUUUUACAUUCCAUUUUCGAUCGCAUUUGGACGCAACAACAGCAUGCCUGUGCUCGAAUUGUUGGAUCGUUUUCAAGUGGGCUUUAGCGUGCUGUACUUCAUGGAUGUGAUCGUCAACUUUUUCUCGGCAUACGAAGCCCGCGGACGCCUCGAAAUCCGAUGGAGUGCGAUCGUCAAGCGAUAUCUCCAAACAUGGUUCUUCAUUGACGUCCUGUCGGCAAUGCCCGCGGAAGCCAUCUACUUGGCGUGCCUUCCUUACACGUCCGAGCCGGACGCACGGCUGAACAAGUACUUUAAGUUCCUCCGCAUCAUCAAGCUGACCCGCAUGCUCGGGUUUACUCACAUCUUGAAUCGGGUCGAGUACGCGCUUCUGAUCAAAUCCAACCAGAGCGGACUCAUGAAGUUCUUUCUCCUGGUCUGUCUGACGUCGCACUGGUUCAGCUGCUUCUUCUUCUUCAUUUCGGACACCGUCCCUGGAGGCUGGGUCGACAGGCAUCACUUGCAGCACAUGCCAAUCUACGAUCAAUAUGUGAACGCGUUCUACUGGUCCAUCAUGACCAUGACGACGGUCGGCUACGGCGAUGUGACGGGGCAAAACACACACGAGCGAGGCUUCAGCAUAUUUGCCAUGGUCGUGGGGGCAUGGAUUUUUGCCUACGGCAUUACGAAUGUCGUUGCGACGGUGGCCAACUUGAACCCGAACGACACCGAGUUUCAACACAAAAUGGAUGGCAUCAACAACUUUAUGGAGCGGCGCGAUUUGCCCAUGGAAUUGCGGUCUGAAAUUCGCGAGUUCUUUUUGAAUUCGAGACUGUCGACGGAAAACAAGCUUAAGAACGAAAGCAAGAUCUUGAGUGAGCUCUCGGCGCUCCUCCGGUCGAAAAUUGCCCUCGCGAUCAACGACUCAGUCUUGAACAAGAUGCCGUUCUUUGAAGGCGCAGACCAUAACUUCCUCAUGGAGCUCGCGUUGUCGAUGAAGAUGGUAUGCUUUCCACCCCACGAAGAGGUGAUUGUCGAAGGCGAAAUCGGCCAAGAAAUGUUUUUUAUUUUUCGCGGGGCUGUCGAAGUGAUGAAGGACGGCGAACAGAUUGCAGUACUUGGGGAACAGCAGUACUUUGGCGAAAUGGCCAUCAUGAACACCAAUUGCACACGCCUCGCCACGAUCCGCACGCUCUGCUUUUGUGAACUCCGCAUGCUGACACGGCAAAAGUUUCUUGUGGCGCUGUCACAUUUUCCAUCGAUGCGGAAGCGAAUAGCUCGCAUCAUCCAUCGACGACAAACCACACAUGACCAAGAGAUGGUGCGGCGCAAGUCGGCCGACCUGACCGGACCUCAAAUGCCGACGUCGACGUCCAGCCUGAAGAAGCUUCCACGGGGUGGCCUCAUUCGACAGGGGUCGGCCAACCCGACCGUCAUGGAGAACUUGGCGGCUUCGAUGGUUCAGAGCUCUCGCAGUUUGCUCGAAAAGAAAGGCCCAGACAUCUUUACGCUCGAGCCGGACAAUAUUGUGGGCUCGACCAUGCAGCGCAUCUCGCAGAUGAACGUCGUGCCCAACGGGCGGAGCGACGAUGUCCUUGCUGACGAUGCGCCGGCGGACAGCGACAUGCGCCAGAUUAUUCAAGCAUUGCUUGACCAGCAAGAAGCGCUUCUGGCAGAAGUUACCAAGCUCGAAGACAAAGUCCGAGCCCUUACCCGCAGCACACCCGAUUCAGACCUUAUUUAACUCGAAUUUGAUGACGA